CGAGCGAGCGAGUGUGCAACAAACCAGAUUGUCAGUAUACACGCGUGCACGGGUGCGAGUGGUGCAUGCUGGGAGCAGUUCUCCUGCUCUGGGCUCGACUGGAGCGAUUGAACACCUGGAUUAUUAUUAUUAUUAUUAUUAUUAUUGACCGAGCGUUUUUUGUUUUGUUUUUGUGUUUGUCCUUUUCUUUUCUUGUCAGUUUUUUUUUUGUUUUUUUUUUGUCAUUAGCUUGUCUUGAGAAGCCACGCGCCAACCAUGUCCGGGGCUCCUCAGGACGUGAACAAGCUCACCGAGCUAACUUAUAAGAAUGUCAUGGACCAGUUCAACCCCAGUUUGAGGAACCUGGUCAACCUGGGAAAGAGCUAUGAGAAGUCAGUCACAGGCAUGACCCUUGCCGGGAAGGCUUACUUUGAUGCCAUCACAAAGAUAGGAGAGAAUGCUACCAUGUCUCCAGUUUCAAGGGAACUUGGUAUGGUUCUGAUGGAGAUUGCAGAUGUCCACAAAAAGGUCCAUUUUGAGCUGGAGCAAAAUUUCAAGCAAUUCCACCGAGACGUUCUUAUUGAGUUGGAGAAGAAGACAGAAAUGGAUAUGAAGUACAUGAACGCCACGUUCAAACGCUACCAAUCAGAACACAAGCAGAAGCAGGACUCCCUGGACCGCUCGCAGACUGACCUGAAAAAGCUGAGGAGGAAGAGUCAGGGCAAGAACGUGUCCAAGUAUGAGAUCAAGGAGAAUGAGUACGUGGAGACCAUCUCGUCCCGUCAGAUGGACAUGCAGAAGUUCAUCGCUGACGGCUGUAGAGAAGCUCUGCUGGAAGAAAAACGCCGCUUCUGUUUCCUGGUCGACAAACACUGCAUAUUCUCUUAUCACAUUAGUAACUUCCACGAUAAAGCAAAAGACAUGCUGAACGAGAAGCUCCCCAGUUGGCAGGUGAUGUGCUGUGACGUCACUAAGGUGCCUGACACGGUCAGGCACAUGAUAGACGGACUUUCCAUCAAUCCAGAGCAAUCGGUGCUUGCUGAACACCACAACAGGAACAGCGUCGAGUCAGUGGUGCUACCCCCUGCACCCCAACUAAAGGCGCACACUAGUCCACUUGCAAACAUGUUCAACCCUGAGCCCAGAUCUCCAAUCACUUCAUCUUUAGAGAAUCACUCAGACCAGGGCAGCUUCAACGGAGACAGUUCGUCCCAGGUGACGUCCCAGUUCUCGGGUCUCAACAUGACGAAAAAGCCUCGGGUCAGGACCGUCUUUCCCCACUCGGCGGGCAACAGCAGCACCCUCCUCAGUUUUGACGAGGGCAACAUGAUCACCUUGCUCAUUAAGGAAGAGAAGGACGGGUGGCUUUACGGCGAGCUGGAGAAGACUCGGCAACGUGGUUGGUUCCCCUCAUCCUACUGCAGAUCUUACUCUGAGGCUCACAUAUCAAAUAGCAGCAAAUUGGGGUCACCGGUGCGAAGUCCGAGUGUUACCAGUCUGGCCGAGCUGGAUGAGGAGGAGCCCGUGUUGCUGCCGCCGCCAGACUACUCGGAUGACUUCCCCACCAGCACGGUGAUCCAGUCAAUGUCAUCGCCACAGAAUAUGGUUUCUUUAGUAAAUGGGACAGCAAAGGUUCCUUUUCUAGGAGGAGGGAAUCCUUUCGCGACAGUAAAGCUGAGACCCACUGUCACCAAUGAUCGAUCAGCACCAGUCAUCUAAACGCAAACCACUUCAGGGGAAUCACGGUAGCCUCCAACCCACCCGAAAACUGCACCCCAACUAGACAUCUCACCAGCCUGCAACAGUCUUUUCAAGAGAUCAUAACAUGAAUGCAUUUUACCGUGCCACAAUAUGGACAUAUACGUAUAUUCCAAAGUGUAAUGUUCAUUCAUCCAGUCUGUGUUCAUGUCAUGUAAUUCAAAAGAUUUCUCAUAAUGAAAACACCUGCAAUGAAUUGCAGGUGUUUUUUAUCAAAUGACUGAAUGAGAGAAAAUCCAAAUAUCUUUACCGUUUCUGUCCUCCAGACAAAAUAUUCGAAAUAAGCCUUAGUUGUUUUUAUGUGCCAAUUGUUUUUAGCCAAUCUCUGUCCUCGUAUAUGUCAAAUAAAAACGUUUAUCUGCCGGUUGCUUUAGAGGAAAAAUGUGUUUGUGCAGAACAAACUGAGGACAAGCAUUUUCCUAAAAUGAUUCAAGCUUUUUUAUUAUUGUUUGUGCUGCAGUUAUUGCAGUGAUAAAUGUUUGUUUUACCAUGUUCCUGACAAAACUGCCCAGCAAACAGAAAAUGUCUUCCUGACUUACAGAAAAAGAAAAAGAAAUCUAAAAAAAAGUCACAUUUCUAUUUUUUUAUAUAUUAAGUAUUGUCUUUUCUCUUUUUAUUUAAAGAGCUGUGCGAUGUUGUGCAGAGAUUGUGAGAAUGAAGGGAGCGUGCUGUGUUGAUAUAAAGGAUUUGUCCUUUGAGAGACAGCAGUGAAGUAUGUCACUAUCUGAAAUAAGAUUUUAUAUUUAUAAGCAGGAUGUUUGUAGGAGAUAUUUAAAGAAAAUUUACAGCAUAUGUCCAUGAUGUGCUCAAGCCGAGCUUGGUUUUGGUUUGACUGCCAAUGUUUUAAAUGGAUAACAUUUUGAUGAAGGGAAUAUUUUUCACGCUUUGUGAUUUGGGCAGGUGUGCAGUUUAUGCAAUAUGUUAAUGACGUUCCUCACUGGUUGACAUUUACGUUAAUAUAUCAGGUCACAAUUUUGAAAUAGACAAACAGGAUUCUGUGAGGAGGUCAACUUUUGGUCACGUAUUUGCUUUACAGAAAGUGUACUCUGUGAUGGAUGAGCGAUCAGUUAUUCCUCCGUGCCUCCUUCAGUGUACCUUGCCAUUGUUGUGUUCACAAUGUAGCCUUUUUUUCCUUAAUAAAACAUGAUACAGUCGACAUAU